ACAAUCGCUGUCAUCAGAGUAGUUGCCAUCUAACGAAGUACUUGUAUAUUAAUUUUCGUAAUUUUUAAUUGAAGAAAAAAAGUGGUAUAUUUUUUAUCGAUGCAAUUGUUUAUAAAAUACUAAAAAGACUAGACUAUAUUUUGAAUUUAUUUUUUUCAAAAUUAGAAUGUAGCAUUGAAUGUUUAUAAAGAACGAAAAAAGAAGCUGUGGAAAAUUAGUUCCUUCAAGAAUUAACAAGGGAAUAUAAUAGAAUGCGUAUUAUUUAUCUGUCAAAAUCAUCGAUAUUUUCUGAAAAAUUACAUUACCGAUACUACAUUUGACUGUUUACAACACUAUUCUAUAAUUCAAGUAUUCGCAUUAUUUGUUCAGUGUAGUAACUGUCAAUUGUUUUGUUGAUAUAGAGGAUUUAUAUGAUUUCAUAAAAAUAAUUUUAUCUUUUUCUGUAAACAAUUAACAAAAUGGCUACGAAACGUAGAUAUAUUGAGGAUGAGCUUUCGCGAUUCGAGGCAGAAAUAUCUAAACAAACUUCGCAGCCUGCAAGAAAUUUAUUCGUUCCUUCCCAAGUAAGGCCUAUUAUUGCAGCGAAUACGUACAACCAGGUUCAGCAAAAGUUGCAACAACACCCGCAAUCGACAACAAUAUCUUCGACUGUGCAAGUUACUCCACGUGUAACUGUAGCUCCACCAGUGAUUCCACCACCAACAUUUAUGUCCACUUUUGUACCUACGCAAGUAAAUAAUACUGGUGGACAAUUAAAAACUGUAGCACCCUCACCUAUUACAGCGACGCCUGUUGUGGUUAGUAGUGCUCCAAAAUUAUACCAAAGUAGACAAUCGGUGAAUGUGAGUGCUACACCGCAUAUCGACAUAAAUGCCAUACAAUUUGACGUCACUCAAAAAUUAAAAAAGCUAAAAGCAGAGAAAUCAGGUCCAAAUCCUAUAGCAGAAGAAGCAAUCAAAGCUGCUAGAGCCUCAUCAGCUUUGCAAUCAUUUCAAACAACGGAACGAAAAAAGAAGGAUCGUAAGACUAUACGAGUAGCGGGGGGAACAGUCUGGGAGGACUCUUCCUUAGCAGAUUGGCCUGAUGAUGAUUUUCGCAUAUUUUGCGGUGAUUUAGGUAAUGAUGUAAAUGAUGAAGUUUUAACCCGGACGUUUAAUAAGUAUCCAUCAUUUCAACGAGCACGCGUUAUCCGCGAUAAACGGACUGGAAAGAGCAAGGGUUUUGGUUUUGUAAGUUUCCGAGAGCCAGCAGAUUUUAUACGAGCAAUGAAGGAAAUGGAUGGUCGUUACGUCGGAAGUAGACCAAUAAAACUACGUAAAAGUACAUGGAAACAACGGAGUUUGGACAUAGUCAAGAAAAAGGAACGUGAAAAGCAGCAAAUGUUACAAUCCUUCAAUUCAUAAUUUUUCCAAAUAAAACGAUACAUAAGUUUAUGUGAAUAAAUUAUAUUCAUUUGAAAAA